AUGAAGAAUGCCUUGGCGGAUGCACUUGUAUUUUACUACCAUUUUGCUGGUAGGCUUAGAGAAGUUCCCAGAGGUAAUAUACUUGUGGAAUGCACUGCUCAAGGUGUAUUGUUUAUUGAAGCCGAUGCGGAUGUUAGUCUCCAACAAUUGGGUGGUGAUUCCCUAAAACCUCCUUCUCCAUGUCUGGAACAACUUCUUUACACCCCAUCUAAUUCUGAAGAUAUUCUUAGCUGCUCUUUAUUGUUCGUACAGGUGACUCGCCUUAUGUGCGGAGGGUUUAUCCUUGGUUUAAAAUACAACCAUACUAUUUGUGAUGGUCAAGGUGUACACCAGUUCGUGAAAGCUCUAGCCGAAAUAGCUCGAGGCAGAGUUUCUCCAUCUAUUCUUCCAAUCUGGGAAAGACACUUAUUAAAUGCUCGAGACCCACCACAAGUCAUGUUUGCACAUCGAGAAUUUGAUGUUCUAUCGAAACGUAUAGAAAAAAUUCCAUCCCUUGAUGACGUGGUUCAGCAUUCCUUCUUUUUUGGCUCCAAAGAAUUUGCAGCUCUCAGGCAAUGUAUUCCUCCUCAUCUGCAAAUAUGCACCACCUUUGAGUUGCUCACUGCCUGGUUAUGGAGGAGUCGGACAAUUGCAGUUGGAUAUAAUCCCAAGGAAGAAGUCUGUGUGGUUAUUUCGGUUAGUACACGUGGGAAAUUUCACUCCACAUUGCCAACAGGAUUUUACGGGAACGCAAUUGCAUAUCCUGUGGCGGUGUCGGCAACGGAGAAGCUGAUUCAAAAUCCUUUGAGUUUUGCAUUGGAAUUGGUGAUGAAAGCGAAGAAUGAAGAGUACCUUAGAUCAACAUCUGAUCUAAUGUCAGUAAAAGGGAGACCUAACAUUUCUACCGUGCAGACCUUUUUUGUGUCAGAUAUGAGACACAUGGGGGAUGCCGGUGAAGUUGAUAUCGGUUGCAGAGAAGUAGUGUAUGAUGGGCCAGCUUUAGGUGUUAAUGCGACUUCACAUUUUUGGAUAUCAAUUCCUUCUAUAUCCUACACGAAUAACAUAGGAGACAAAGGUUGCCUAGUUCUAAUUUAUCUACCAAGGCUUGCCAUGAAGAAGUUUUUUUUGGAGGUGGAGAGAAUGGUAAAUAAAACAGCAUUUGUUCAAACAAUUCUUCAACCAGAGACUUCCAAGUUGUCGUUGACAUCGUUUAGAAAAUCUUCCUUGUAA